CGUACUCAGCCGGACUGUAAUCAGUUUUACACAGAAAAGAUGGCUGCGCACAGGAGUGCAUUGGUUUUAGAUCGGUAGCUCGGUUUUCUUUUUCUGUGUGCAGUUAUCUUUUAGUGUUUGCGGUGUGUGUGUAAGUAAGUAAGUGUGUGUUUGAGGAAGUGUGCUCAUGGCUGCUGUUAGAGGGUUUUAUCGCUCCGUCCGUCUGCUGCUGCUCGGACAGAAACACCGGGACAUUGCAGUGAGGAGUUGGAGUCGAGCCGCAGCAGAUCCGGCGCCGGAGAUCGACCCGAGUGAAGACGUGAAUCCGACGUUUGUGAACCGAAACCCAAGAAACCUGGAACAGAUGGCCAUCGCUGUGAAGGACAGGGGCUGGGCCACCAUCUGGCCAAAGAGAGAGUACUACCACAGGCUGCUGUUGAAGCGCUCACAGCAUCACGUGUCCGCGGCGGUGUUUUCGCGAGACUCGGACGUCCCGGUCCUGACCUGCUCCACGCAGGAAUGGGCUCUGAAGCAGCAGCUGGGUUCCUCGCGCUCGGUGGCUGCGUGUCGUGCCGUGGGAGACGUGUUGGCUCAGCGAUGCCUCGAGGCCGGAAUCACACGGCUCGUUUACAGAGAGGUUCCCUGGACCUUCCGCUCCGACUCUGUCCAGAUGUUUUGGACGGCCAUGAAGGAGGGCGGUGUGAUGCUCAGCGAACCGAAACGCAGUUUUAUUUAAUAUUGUUUUGUAAUUGUGAUUCAGACUCUAAAUAAAGAUCUGAUUAAACAUGA